UACCUGUUUCGUGCGAAAAGAAAGGGAGAAAAAAAAAAAGAAUAAGAAAGGAACGAGAGGUAACAAAAGGAAUAAAAAAAAAAUCAUAUAGAUUUCAAAGGAUUUCUUUUUGUUUCUUCAUCUCGAGAAAAAAGCGGGAGGUGAUAAUCUCGCCUCUCUUAUCUCAUCCCCUUUUGUUGGAAGGGGACAAUAGCCGUAUAGAUACAAUACUUCUAUCGACGUCGGUAACUCUGUCGAAGCUUUUUUACCAACUCCAAUUACCCUCGCUUCGCGGGUUCGAUAUAAUAAAUUUAUUUCCACGUUAGAAAAUCUUUUCUUUAUAAUUAUUAUAUAAAACGAUUGAUCGAUUCGAGAAAAGUGUUUUCUGCUGAGGAGAAAAAAACUAAUCCACACUACCCCGUAAUGAUCCGUGCCGCGGCAACAAUCGUUGAUUCGUCGUUAAUUUUUCUUUUUUCAUACUUUUUUUCAUACUUUUUUUAUUACCAGCCGGAUAUAUCACGUAUCCUUUUUUUCGAAAUAAGAUCUUCAUCGCCAUCUUUGAUCGUCCCUUUUUUCGGCGACGACAUGUUUUCGAUCCGCGAGUCUUGACGUAUGAAAAAAUGAAAUAUGAAGAGGCUAAAGAGGAAAUUCGUCGCGACAGAAUUUGGUAACGCCUGUUUGAGGGCACACAAUAAAUACAGGGCAAUUCAUGGAUCACCCGAUCUCCUUCUCAGCCCAGAGAUUUCCAGCAUCGCUCAGGAAUGGGCUGAUCAAAUGGCAGAAAAUAACUCGUUCGAGAAAAGUCGUAAUUCCGAAUACGGCGAGAAUUUAUUCACAGCUUUUGAGACGAAUCCGAAAUGGAGAGUGCAGCCCAGCGACCCGGUCAAAGCAUGGUGA